CGCCCUAAAAUUUUACAAGAAAAAGGACUCGAAUAAACGGAGAGGAGAAGGCAAAGUCGAAUCUUUGCCACUUUGCUCAUCUCUGUGUCAACGCCAUUAUGAUCUUCGUAGCUGGUGCUCCUUUAACUACAGAUUCUUCUUCUUCAUGUUCCCAGGGACAUGACAUCCUGACGGAUUUGAUGAAGCAUCCUGUUCUGGUAUCUGCAUCGUCUUCAUUUAAUGAUGUUGCAGAAAGGAAAUUCUCUGUCUCUAAAGAUUCUAGUUCUGGUAUAUCAAGACAUAAUAGAUGGGUUUACAUUUUCCAGAGAGAAUAUGCAACGGUGGAUCCUGCACUUGUCGAUGUGGUUGGGACGGAUGAGGCAACAACUUGCGUAGGCCUUGUCAUAAGGAACCAAAACAGUGGAAUUACAUCUGUUGCUCACUUGGAUUCACUAGAUGUUGUUGAUAUUGGCCUGGCCCAGAUGUUGGCUUUUGUUGUCAAUCAAAGCUCUGAUGCCAUGUUGGAUGUUCAUCUAAUUGGUGGUUUUGAUGAUGCCUCGCCUGAACAUGUUAAUGGUAUUACAGAAAGUCACGGAAAGUUGGAGGGCUAUUCCUUUCCUUUGUGUAAGAAAAUAGUUGACAGCCUGGCAAAGAGUAAUAUGAAGUUCCAGAUUCACACACUCCAUGUUCUUGGGCAUAAUACAAGACGAGAUACUGAAGGAAAUGCAUACCCCAUCUUCACUGGUUUCCUGGCGGAAACUGCCACUGGGUCUAUUAUCCCGGCAAACUUUGAUGCAACAACAAGAUGUCCCGACGAAGUUGUUAGGAGAAUACGAGUGUCUGCAUCUUUUGAGGAUCCAAGUUGGAAAGGAAGAUUACUUGAGACAUAUGAUACUCAGACUGAUCAAUUCGUGAUUGCUCCAUGCACUUGGGACAUGCGCAAGAUGCAUAUUGCCCUCAUGUUACAGAAUUUAUCUGACCAGGAAAUCCUUCUUACGUGUUCCACCUCUCCUUCUGCUGAGGCUCCAGAUUUCGUGGAUAACCAAAGAAGGCAGUGGGACUAUUUAAUUCAACACCCAGAUUGGAGUGAAACAUUCCCUUUCAAAAAGCCACGUAUAUUUCAAAGGACAGAAGAUAAGAGUUGGGUGAGGCACCAAGCAAAAUCUAGCAGCUCAUCUUAUCCAUACGCUGAUUAAGGCUGUUUCGUUCAAGGGACCAUCUAG